UUCCGCCCCCCCUCUUCCCAAAUCAGCUCAACGACCGAACAGAGACUAGCCGCCCGCCGCCCGCGCUCGCAAAGGAGACCGACACCGCGCGGCGCACCAACCAUGCGUCCAGUAGCAGCUCGCCACCUCGGCCUCGCGGCGGCCGCGCUCCUCGCCGCCGCCGCCCUCCUGCUUGUCGCCGCCGCGCCGGCAGCCAGGGCACAGGAGGAGACGGAGCACGAGGAGGAGUUCAGCUACGCCGGCGGCGACGCGCACGGGCCGGAGCACUGGGGCGAGAUCAAGCCGGAGUGGGCGGCGUGCGGCGCGGGGCGGAUGCAGUCGCCCAUCGACCUUGCCCACGAGCGCGUCUCGCUGGUGCGCGCCCUCGGCUACCUCGACCACGGCUACCGCCCCGCCGAGGCCUCCAUCGUCAACCGCGGCCACGACAUCAUGGUGAGGUUCGAGGGCGACGCCGGCGACCUGGUGAUCAACGGCACGGCGUACCGGCUGAAGCAGCUGCACUGGCACUCGCCCACCGAGCACACCGUCGACGGCCGCCGCUACGACCUGGAGCUGCACAUGGUGCACGAGAGCGCCGAGGGCAAGGCCGCCGUGGUCGGCUUCCUCUACGAGGUCGGCGGCCGCCGCGACCCGCUCCUCCGCCAGAUGGAGCCGUUCAUCAGGCGGAUCGCCGACAAGCGGGACCGGGAGGAGCGCGUCGGGGUGGUGGACCCCCGCGCCGUGCGCGGCAGGGCCAGCGUGUACUACCGGUACAUGGGCUCCCUCACCGUGCCGCCCUGCACCGAGGGGGUCAUCUGGACCAUCCUUAAGAGGGUUCAGACCGUGUCCAAGUACCAACUGGAGCUUCUCAGGGAAGCCGUGCACGAUGACAUGGAGAAGAACGCGAGGCCGCUUCAGGAGGUCAACAGCAGAGACGUCAGCAUCUUCCGGCCAAGCGCCCAUAAACACUAUUAGUCGUUCAGAGUAGUGUGGCUGAUGAAGAUUUUUUUUGUAAUUCCUUCUAUAUAUUUUUUUUGUAAUUCCUUCUAUUUCUGUGCAUUUAUUUAUUAUAUGGGUAAAUAAUGAAGAUAUUACUUCAUGUCAACGUUGAUGGGCUUGCAUGCUCAUAGAAAACUAGUACAUAUGUCCAUGUUAAUGUAGUACUCUAUUUGAUUAUUGACGACCACUUGACUACA